UCUCUCUAGUUUGCUUUAGCCAUGGCGACGUUCACCUGUUCUCUUGCGUCUUCCCUUUCAACUAUUACGGAUGUGAGAAGCGGGAACGUGCGACCUCCAAGCUGCAGUUUCGCGUCGCAGGUUUCUUGUCGGAUUCAGAGGGAUGAAAAUGGACGCCGUGUUUGGCGGAGGAGAAAAUUGACGAAGAAGGACGACAUGGUGCGCUACAAAAUGCAAAGGGUACCGUUCUUGGAAGAGCAAGUGAGGAAGUUGAGAGAUGUUGGGAAGGUGGUGACGAUGGACAUAGAGCGGCUACUAUUGAGUGAAGAUAACAGGUUUGAGUUUGUGAACAGCGUAGCAGCCGAGGCCACAGAGUAUGUGGAAAGAAACCGGGACGAAUAUGGAGGUACCAAAAAGGCCAUUUUUCACGUCCUUAGUAACCGCGUGAACGAUCUCGGUUUUUAUCGACCCGAAGGUUAUGUAGAAACCGAUCCUUUCAAACCCGGUCCCGGUUAUUUGAAGGAGGAAUUCACGUGAGCGGUGGUGGAGCUGUUGCGGCGGCGGCGGAGGACAUGGGUGGAUUGGGUCGUGUUUACAGCUUGCACCUGGCUCCGGGUAGUCAUGUAUUCCCACAUACGUAUCAAUGUCAUCAACCUAUUUUCAACAAUAAUAUUUAUUAUAAAAUAUCAAAAUCUGUCUACUGUAGUUUCUAUUGAUUGAUACAGUAAAAAAAAUAUAUAUACAUGCGUGUAUUGUAUUAACCUAACUGAUAUUUUUCUUCUACCGGAUAUUAUUUGCA